ACUGAGUCUCAAGUGAUCCGUUUCGGGAUUUGACGUACGGUCAUUGUAGCGGGCCAUAGUUCCAUUCCUGAAUCAAAAAUGGUCCGUUUUAGGUUUUGAGAGAUUCCCUGAAGCUUCGUUCCUUCAACCAGCGCGCAGUGUGUGAUGUGAGGACGCUGAGCGCGUCUAGUUUCGCGUCGCCUCCCCUUUGUAAGCUCUUUGUUUGGGCGGUGCACUUAAUAAGAGCAGACAUCGUGUGAAGUCCACCAUUUUUGAGACAAUUCCUGUUUGCACGCAUUUGUAAAAGCGAGUGUUCAGUAAUGUCGGUGGGACUGGAAUCUGGGUUUUCUAGCGAGGAGGUGCUGAAUAUUCGCUUCCCUCUUCACCGGGCGUGCAGAGAUGGAGAUGUGGGCGCGCUGUGCUCGCUCCUCCAGUGCAGCGCAGACCAGCUCUCGGUGGAGGACUCCUUCUACGGGUGGACGCCUCUACACUGGGCUGCACACUUCGGCAAGCUGGAGUGUGUAAUGCGUCUGAUGCAGGUGGGAUGUGGUGUGAACUCUGUGACCUCUCGGUUUGCCCAGACGCCUGCUCACAUUGCUGCCUUUGGGGGUCAUCCUCAGUGCUUGCUCUGGCUGCUGCAAGCUGGAGCUGAUAUAAACAGACAGGACUAUGUUGGUGAAACCCCCCUCCACAAAGCGGCCCGUGCAGGCAGCAUUGACUGCAUUACCACCCUCCUGGUCCAGGGAGCCAAGGCAGACAUGAGGAACGCUAGUGGACUGACCGCAGCUGACCUAGCCCAUGCCCAGGGCUUUCAAGAGUGUGCCCAGCUGCUUUCCAAUGCCCAGAACCAGCAGCUCAGUCAGCUUAACGGGUUCUCAACCAAUGGCUCUGUGUGCUUUGGGGACCGCAAGCUAAUCCAAGAGCGGAGCACCCUUAAUGGGGUUCCCAGCCGAAAGAGGUCUCUUGAUUGCAUGGAGUCCAAUCACAUUAAGAAGGCCAGAACAGAUGAUCUCGGUUAUCAGCCAGUAAACGGAUCCAGCGGAAAGGACCAGAUGGAGAACAUGCACAUGGAGUUUGGCCCACCACUGAGUACCACAGCAGGACUUCCGUUAACUGGGCGCUGCCAUCCUGUGCAGCACCUCAAUGGUGGUGACCUGAUGCGUGGGAACGUAAAUGGGAAUUCAACCGAUGUUGAGAACUGUGAUCAUUUUGGGAAUGUGGGUGUUUCUUUACAUAUUGGUUACUGUGACAAAGGCCUUCCCUUUGGGCAUCAUAUUGGAGAUACAGCUGAGAACAUGGAGGACGCAAGCAGUCAGAUAGAGCACCGCAAGUCAGUCAGUGUAGAGGAGCAGUAUGACCACAUCACCUUUAACACCAUGCACCUCUAUCAUGGUUGUUAGGAUGUCCCAUCUGGACUCGUAUGCCUUUAUCCAUAGAGAAUGUGCUGAAUUGCUUAAAGUCCAUGUACUUUUGACAGGGUCACUGUAUAUGUAUUUAUGCAAAUACAUUUUUUUUUAUUAUUGUUUUCUAAUUUUGGCCAUUUAAUUCAGUUGGAGAAUCCCAGAAGCUGUUCAUUUUUAUGCAUUGUUUGUAAGGACAUUCAUUGUAAUAAUUGUGCCUACAUAUAAAAUGUAAUUGUUUACUGCCAGCAUUUUCUUAAAUAGUAGCUAACGUUAUGUACUGUGUGAAUAAAAUGGUUGAUGAAUUGACUGAAUCAUGAA